GGGGUAAAAUGGUAAAAAUGUCAAUGUCAGUAGUAUAAAGCAUCCGCAGCAACCCUUCUCUGCAUAUGGUCGCGUAGGAAUCACUUUAUCUUCCUUAAUCCUUAUCGAUCUCUUCAUAGUCGAAUUAACCAGGAAUGGGGAAGGAUUCAAAGGCGAAGGAAGGUGGAAAAGGUAAGGGAAAACAAUCAGCCGGGGCAAGUGAUGAUUCGGCAUCCAAGGGUAAAGGAAAAGGAGGGAAGGGAGAUGGUCUCGGGACUUGCACUUAUGUUAAAGCGAGGCAUAUCUUGUGUGAGAAGCAAGGUAAGAUCAAUGAAGCCUAUAAGAAGCUACAAGACGGAUGGCUUAGUAAUGGAGACAAGGUUCCACCGGCCGAGUUUGCUAAGAUAGCUGCAGAAUAUUCUGAAUGCCCGUCCGGGAAGAAAGGUGGGGAUCUCGGAUGGUUUCCACGCGGGAAGAUGGCAGGCCCGUUUCAGGAGGUUGCAUUCAACACUCCUGUCGGGGUGACGAGCGCACCAUUUAAAUCCACGCACGGAUAUCACAUUAUCCUGAGUGAAGGAAGGAAGAAUUGAGAAACUCGAAUAAUGGCCGUGUAGCCGAGUUAUAUGUUGGGUGUAAAACGCUAUGGUUUAUGUUUCUCGACCCUCACAUACCGUGUGAAUUGUGAUUAUCCAGGUAAAAGCUCAAACUGUUUUUUUACUGUCUGGUGUGGAUGGACGGACGGACGGACGAGUUCAUGUUUCGGCUGUUUAUUGUGCUUCCGAUGAGGUAAGUUUUCGUAUAUUCUAAAUGGCGCGGUGUGUUGUAGGAA